UUGGACAAAGACAAGAAGUCGGGGGGAGUGGACAGAGUCCGGGUUAUUGUCGAUCACGAAACCGGUUUGUUCAUGUAAGCAUACAUUUAUGCAAUGGCGAAAAUUUAGAGAAUCGAUGGCAUGCAGAUUCCGCGGUCUUGAGCCCUGCGCGUGCAUAUCGUCUAGAUCAGCGCGGGAUCUUUCGCUGUCAACAAUAGAGGCGCAAAGCUCUCCUGAACGCGCAGCAGCCAAAGCCAAGUUUCAUGUCGGCAUAACAUUAAAUGGAUAUAACGUGUCUUAUAGGGUUUUUGGUAAUUCCUGUAGAUGUACAUAUUGCAGCGUCAACUUGAGGUGCAACGUUUGCACGCGCGCCGUCAUGCAGUAGAUGAGUGCACAAGGAAGAUGAAUCGAGGUCAGUUGAAAGAGAAUAACAAAGAGAACCUGCUCUGCAGUCUCGCGAGCGCGAGCAACCAUUAGCGGAAGCGGCUGCUGUUGUGUGUUUGACACUCGAACUUCGCAGUAUCGCUCGAGACUGUUGGGACCGGAGGCACAGAAACCGACGUUUAGCCGUUAUGUUGGGUUUUUAGUGGAUGAAUAUCUCGUCAAUCGAGGGUAUUUGAGUGGCUCACAUGCUUCGCGCGAGGUAAACGUUAUUUCAAAUACGGAGCACGCGCGUUUGGGGAAUUACCGGUUAAACCUGGAGUCAGCCGUUGGUUAUUCGCCGAUAACUGAAAGGAGUGACGACGACACUUUACAUUAUGGGAAUUGGACGCAAGGGUUAAACUUUUUUCCCCAGCACGACCUUGGGGUCGAAAGUGACCACUACUUUUAUCAGCUUUUAUUACUUUUACUACCCUGCCCCCUCAGGAGACCCCCUAUGUUGAUUGAAUACACCCCACAUUUUUUCAAAGGAUGGAUGAGCUGAAGUCUCCUUUUAAUCACCACAAUCAUCAUCAUCAUCAUCAAAGUAUUUUGAACUGUGCAUGGAUCCUGCGCUACUUUUAUCACCAGGGACUUCCUGUGCUUCUCUCCAACACUUUAUUUUGCAAAAGUAUUGACUUUAUCUGAACUGCUGUUUCGAGAGGAGGAAGGAUUAUCAAGUUUCCACUUGGUUUAAAGCGGCCUCUUCUUGAUAUCAGAUAUUUAUACUGCCACUUUUUUGCAUGGAUAGCAUAUAAGGUUCAACUAACUUCACGCUCCACUUGGUGGAGAAAUGUCAGAAAAUCUCAACGACAAGAUGGUCAAGUUCCUUUCCCCCCCUUCGAAGAACACCAACGGCUCCAGCUCAGACACUUUGGUGGGUGAGCAUCUAGGUGUCGAUGUCCGUCGUCGCCACCACACCAUGGAUCGAGAACUGCUGAAGGCAGAGCACCGUUUCUUUCGCCGCAGCGUCAUCAACGACUCUAAUGCUACAGCGCUUGAGCUGCCCAGCAAGAAUGCAAUCCUAACCCACUCCACUGACUCCCAUGCCCCUGUCUGUGAACCUCCUGCCCUAGAAACCAAAGCCGCUUCAGUGAUCACACAAUCUGCACCAGAAAAAAAAGUGGCUGAUGUUGUUGAGAUGGUUAUUGAGUCAACACCAGUGUUGAUUACAAACGCUGCACUGCAUCUUUCUGCAGAAGCACCUAGUUUGGUUUCAGAGGUAAAGUCUGGAGAUGGCAUUGAUGGAAAACGAGAGGCUGAGAAAGAGGAGGAUGAAGAUAGUAAAGAAAAGGCGGCACGUGCUGAGGCUGAGUUGCGGGAUGCUAAGAAGGAGGAGGAAGACAAUGAGGAAAUUGAGACUAAUGCUGUUGGGACGUCACCGGAUGGCCGCUUCUUGAAGUUUGACAUCGAGAUAGGACGUGGCUCUUUUAAGACGGUCUACAAGGGACUGGAUACGGAAACUACAGUGGAGGUUGCAUGGUGUGAGUUACAGGAUCGCAAGUUGUCCAAGUCAGAGCGGCAGCGUUUUAAAGAGGAAGCUGGAAUGUUGAAGGGUCUUCAGCAUCCCAACAUAGUACGCUUUUAUGACUCCUGGGAAUCAUCCUUGAAAGGGAGGAAGUGUAUUGUCUUGGUGACUGAACUCAUGACAUCUGGGACACUCAAGACGUAUCUAAAACGGUUUAAGGAGAUGAAGAUCAAAGUCUUGCGCAGCUGGUGCCGGCAGAUUUUGAAGGGCCUACACUUCCUUCAUACCAGGUCACCACCUAUCAUCCACCGGGAUCUGAAGUGUGACAACAUCUUCAUCACUGGGCCUACUGGAUCAGUCAAGAUUGGAGAUUUGGGCCUUGCGACCCUCAAGAGGGCCUCCUUUGCUAAGAGCGUCAUAGGUACCCCUGAGUUCAUGGCGCCUGAGAUGUAUGAAGAGAAGUAUGACGAGUCGGUGGAUGUGUAUGCCUUUGGGAUGUGUAUGCUGGAGAUGGCUACUUCUGAGUACCCGUACUCCGAGUGUCAGAAUGCAGCUCAGAUCUAUCGCAGAGUCACCAGCGGGGUGAAGCCUGGCAGUUUUGACAAAGUGGCAAUUCCAGAGGUGAAGGAGAUCAUUGAGGGUUGCAUUCGUCAGAAUAAAGAUGAGAGGUACUGCAUCAAGGAUCUCCUAAGCCAUGCCUUCUUCCAGGAGGAGACUGGAGUUCGUGUAGAACUGGCUGAGGAGGAUGAUGGAGAGCUUGUGGCUAUAAAAUUGUUGCUGCGCAUUGAGGAUGUUAAGAAACUUAAAGGCAAAUACAAAGAGAAUGAAGCCAUCGAGUUUUCCUUCGACUUGGAUAAAGACGUCCCAGAUGAUGUGGCUCAAGAAAUGGUUGAAUCAGGCUACAUUUGUGAGGGUGACCACAAAACCAUUGCAAAGGCCAUAAAGGACAGAGUGUCCCUGAUCUCCCGUAAGAGAGAGCAGAGAAAACUGGUGAGAGAAGAACAGGAAAAAAGGAAGAUGGAGCAGGAGAAUGACGCCGCCCAGCAAACUAACCCCACAGUCAAGUCCCCUGGUUCUGCUCUGGCCUCAGUCAUAAUGGAGUCUGAAGAAGCAGAAACAGACCAGCACCAGCAGCCUGGAGCCUCUGCUUCUGCUGUAGGGUUUGUGGAUCCUCAAAGUUCAGUGACCAUCCUCGAGGCUCAUCCUGUCCAGCCAAACACAUCUUUCAGCACCACACAGCCUGAUCCGCAGCCACAGCACACAAUUAUACGUCCACAAAGCAUGUCGCAGCACCCAGUCCAGGCCCCUCUGCAGCAGCCGAGCAGUACUUUGACCCUGGGCCCCGUCCCCCAGACUUCUCCACCUCAGGUGAUCGGUCAAACAGCCUCUCUGCCCUCUACUGUUCAAUCUAUUGUCCCGCUGCAGUACCGUCAGCCACCUCAGGAUGGAAUCACACUACCUCAAUCCCUGCCCAGCGCUCAAGUCUUACAGAUAUGGGCAUGUCAACUCAGCCCUCCUGUUUUCUCACCACCUCCAAAUGCCGAACAGCUCUAUUUUCUAUAUCAGGCCUGUCAGGCACCACUAAGUGUGUCCCAAUCACAACCAGUAGAGCAGACACAACCUCAAACAUCUCUGGUUCCUGCCUCCACAGAAAGUGGACACUCUGAUCCGGCAUCUGGUCUAAGCGAUGGGAAUGAGGGGAGACACGAGGGUCGCUCUAUGAAACGACCCCAACGCCGUUCUGUACGCAGCCGCUCGCGUCAUGAAAAAACAGCUAAGGUCAAGCUCAAUGUGCUAAAUAUUUCUAAUAUUGGAGACAGAGUCGCUGAAUGUCAGCUGGAAACCCACAACAGAAAGAUGGUCACAUUCAAGUUUGAUCUGGAUGGGGAUAAUCCUGUAGAAAUCGCUGAAAUUAUGGUCAAAAGUGAUUUUAUUUUGGAGAGUGAACGAGAGUCCUUCAUAGAACAGGUUCAGCUGGUCAUUCAGAAUGCAGAUCAGAAAGGAAAAGCUCCCCAAAAUAGCCAAACUCAGGUGAUCAGUAAUUCGAGCCAACAAGUACCUGAAAUUUUAACAUCCAGUGUGCCUGGUAUGCCACCUAGCUUAGCAGCACAGGUUGUACAUUCAGCAGGCAGGCGCUUCAUAGUCAGCCCCGUGCCUGAAGCACGACUUCGGGAGCCGUUGUUUGGUACUCCCUCAGCAAACACAUCAUUUGAAGAUACGGCACCAGCACCUGAUCCAACAUCAGCCAGCAGUGCUCCGCAGGACCAAGCCAACUUUGCCUCUGAUUCAAACCAAAUUUCUGUGGUACCACCGACACCUGGAGAUCUUGCCCCAGAGAGCUCCAUUCCACCUACUUCUCAAUCACCAUACCAGAAUCCUGUCCCAUCAUCCACUGCAACUUUGACUGUGACCACCACUCAAGUAAGCACUCCAACACCAACUACCACUCCGCAACCUAUAACAGGGAGGACGUCUCCUUCACCAGCCCCAACAGAACCACCAGCAGCACGUCGUAUGUCACUUCCCAGCCCAUCCCAGACACCUCAAAUUGCUCCAGGAGAGAGUAAUGGCUUGGAUCAAGCACAAGCCUCAAAUCAGCAAGUAACUCAACCGAGUGCAACCGGAGAUAGUGAGAGCGACGUACAGGGGAAACCACCUGGAAUUGAAGACAUUCAUGCUCUAGACCAAAAGCUGCGCUCCCUUUUCAAGGACUCAUCCCAGAACUCUUGCAGCCAACCUGACGGGUCUGGAGAGACUUCCACAACCUCUCCACCCAACACCAUAAGCACUAACACUCCUGGCUUUGUCUCUGGUGUGACGCCUUCUAGUUUGUCGCUCAAUUCCAGCGGGAACUUUGCACCUGGUGCUUUCGCCUCCAUUGGUACUCCUACAAGCUACACCCAGACACCAUCUACCGACCAGUCCCCUCCAAGGCCACAGAUUGCUGUUGGUGUAACUCAACCAGAUGGACACAACAGUACUGAGGAGAAAGAGCCACAACUUGAGAAAGCUUUCCAACUUGGCCGAUUUCAGGUGUCUGUGGCCAGUGAUCAAGACCCACCAACUGCUCUAGACCCAGGAGUGGUGGUUUCAUCUUCCUCUGCUACCCCAUCUUCAACAUCAUCAUCAUCAUCAUCUUCUUCAUCACCAUCAUCUCUCUCUAGCCCCGAAAACACAAUUCAUAAAUCUCAGACUCCUCCACCCAGAGUCAGCCCUGAACCCGUACCACCUACCACUACAGUUGGCCGCUUUCAGGUGACUUGCAGCACUGACAUCAAACUUGGUCGCUUCUCAGUGACACCAGCAGAAAGAAAGUCUUCCUCAGUUGAGGGACCAGACACCGCCAAAGAGCCUAAAUUGACCCCUUCCAGUGUGUCCAUUACCAAUCAUUAUCUCAGUAGCGACAACGACUCAGAACCAGAAGAUGAGGGCUUAAGACGAGAGAUGAACAGGCUCAAGGAGAGACAUAAGGUUGAGAUCAUGGCAUUGCAGAAUAAACAGAAAAAGGAAAUUGAGGAGCUCUUCACUCGUCUGGGCAAAACACCAUCUGUGGUUGUGCCACCCACUGUGGCCAUGACGCCUGGUAGACGGAGACCUGCUAAGGGCAAGGGGAACAGGCCAAGAAGUGGUAGUGCCACUCAGGCUGCAUCUUUUCAACAAGGGAACAAACAAGCUGUGCAGAGUGGUUCACUCAGUCAGUCAGCCAGUGAGAAGACUUCACCUUCAGAAACAGCACCAAGCUCAAACAAUGAUGUGCAAGAUAAUACAAGUCCAGUGAGAAAAGAAAACGGACAGAGCCAUGACCAGGACCAAACACCAACAACUAAUCUGCCACGCAAGGGCACAUUCACAGAUGACCUCCAUCAGCUGGUUGAUAACUGGGCCAGAGAUGCCAUGAACAUGAUGCCACAGGUCAAGAAAGGAUCCAAAAAGAAUGUUCAUGAAAUGCCACGUAAAUACUCCGCACCAGGUCAGCUUUGUUCCACUGGUGGCCACAUCCCAGCGACCAUCAACCCCACAGCUGGACGGAAGGGUUCAAUAGGUGUGGCCAAUCAGCAAUUUGGCUACACUUGUCCCAACUACAACAUGCCUCAAUGGAAUCAGGUGGGGACAAUAUCAUCCACCGCUCCACCUGCAGGACUACAGCAGGGUUUCCUUAUCCCAUCAGGAGCCCACCAAACCGGAAAUAACUGCGGAUCAAGCAAUCUGCGCACCACUCAGGCAAGCUGAGACAGCUGGCGAAGGGUAAAGCUGUGCCUCAUGGGGUUUAGAUUAUCGGGCCUAGUUCUUAAAGUGGACACAGUUUAUCUGACAGUUUACAAAAAACUUUCAGGUCCAUAAAAUGUGACUCGGGUUAUUUGAAUCUGAUCUAACCUGCUAUUUAAAAGACUGAAUGUGUACUUUUGAUAGAGGCACGAAUGGGUUAAACUGGUGUGUCUUAAAGAUCCGAUAUAUAGCCUUAUAGUAUGGAUACCGUCCUUAUUGUAAUAAAGUCAGGCAGUUUAACUGGUGAAAUACAGUGAUGGUUUUGCAGUUUACCUACAGAAGUUCAAAAACAGAUAGAGAGAUGGAUGGAGAGAAGACUGUGCCACCAACACAAUUUAAGUUUAGAUUUCUGGAAGAACGAUGAAGGUUGGAAUGUUGCAUUUUAGGGAAGUGUUGGAGAGUUUGAGUUUGGCAUGAAAGCAAAAGGAUGUGCAAUUGGAGGAAGGUAAAGCGGGGUUUUAUAGCUCUUUUUACUUGCACGUAUUUCAUAGCAUUGUUCAUUCGUGACUUUUUUAUUUCUUUCAUUUAUGAUAAACUUACAAUAAUACAGUAUAUCUUAUAUAGACAGUCACCAGUAUUCCCUGUCGACACUUGGAUAUGGGUGGUCAUCCUGUAUGCAUAUUUUUUCAUCCCAUCACUUUAAAUGAAGGUAGCCUUAAAACACAGGAUUGUUAUGUCUUCCCCAUCUUCCCCAUACAUAUUCCAAGCAAAUGUACUGCAGUUGAUGAAAUGGACAGGAAAUAUAAGAUGGUGCAAUUGACUGUAGUGACAGUAUUAAACUACAGCACUGCAUGAUUUCAGGUUUUUGUUUAAUUUUUAUUUUGAAAUAUUACUCCCCCUAUUUUUUUUCCUCUAAAUCGUUUUCUAUUCCACUAUUUGAGUGCCAAUCGUUUGCUGAAGUGAUGUCUAAUCGCCUCGGAAAUGAUCUGCUUGACUUCUCUAGAGAAGGUAAAUGUUACUGCAAUGCAGAAUAUGCGCCGUUUAAAGGUUUAACCGACUGGGGAGGGUUAUUUGUUACUUUUGAUACUUGAGUGCUCUGUAAUUGACCCAGAACCACAUUUAGACACAGUGAAACUGUUAAAGUACCACUGAUCACAGUCACAAGCUACUGUCACAUAACUGAAAUUUAGAAAACGACAUGUUUUCACAUUCCACUUCUCACAUUUGUUCCCAUUGAAGACAGCAUUAAUUUGUGGGGUCAAAAAAAAAAAAAAAGCUGCUGCAGAUGUUUUCUGUCAAUAAUUUUCAUCCAGGGUCCUUUUGGUGACUAUCUAUGGUUUUGUUUAUCUGUCUUGUAAAAAAGUAUAUGUAUAUAUAUAUUCAAAUCUUAAUAAAACCUUUUGGACAUUUUCUCCUA